CAUAGGUGGGAGAACUAUACAUGUACACAAUGCAUAACCGCAGAGCUUCACAGUUUAGUAGCCUAUAGGAAACAGUCCUCCUCACAUGAUUCAACAUUAGGGUGAUAUGCUAGAGCAGGUCAUGUGGAUCAAUACAUAAGUAAAACCAUGAAGACCAGCUGGUAUUUGAUUUGGAUAUUCAUUCUCACACUGAUGAUCAGCACUGCCCGUCAGGAGGUGAUGUACAUAAAGGGCUCAGAGGGGCAGUCAGUGGAUCUCUCCUGUACACCUGAGCAGACAGGUGGAGCCCCUGUCAGUCUCUACUUGACCCACAGGUGUGUCCGGCCUGAGAGGGAGGUGCUGUUCAUGGCCAAGGACCGGAGUCCCGGGACGGUGAGGGUUAACCGGCUGUACAAAGAUCGUCUGAAGGUCACAGGCGGAUUGAACUCUGACCUGCUCAACGUGACCAUAGCCCAUCUUCAGCGCACAGACACAGGCCUGUACAUCUGUGAGUUUGUCUACACAGCUGACCCCUCUGACCGAACAGUCUCUGGCAGUCUGGAAUUCUUCCUGUUUGUUGACGGGACAGAGAGUGUGUGUCAGUGCUCCAGCUACCCCCCACUGAUCUACACCAUCUCUGCAGCAGCUGGCCUGCUUCUCCUCGUCCUCAUCUGCCUGUGUGCAGUAGAGUGUGCUAAGCUGAGAAAAUGUCAUAAAACACAAGCCCCCAUCCCCAUCUAUGAGGAAAUGAACAGUGGGUGUCGAGGAGCUGGAAGUGCCCAAAAUAACCAUCCUGUGCCUACACACCUGGAGGAAACAGAGUCCCCUGUGUACGCCAACCCCCAGGCCAGACAAGCACAGGAGAACCACUACGCCAGCCCCCGGCAUAUCACUCUGAAGCCCUGAGCGAACCCCUAAUGUUUUUUAAAGGGGGAGUGGAUGGCAGAAAUAACAGUACCAGAGUUUCAGAUACAUGUUCUAACCCACUGUGACAGGUGGUGGGAAAGAGUUGGACUGUCAUCAUUGCUUUUUCAAGUGUGUGCAAGAUCGUAAACUAUUGGUCCCACCUCACCUCUCUUUUCUACAGUGUCAAGGAGUCACCCAACUAUGGUUGCCCAACAAACCCACCUACAGGAUGAGAAUGGAAAAGACUGAGAGCUAGUACAUAGGUCACUGUGCCUGUAUAGGUGUACUAGUGGUGCUACCCUCAGAACAGGAUCUAAUAGGGAAAACUCCAAUCUGCAAACUAAUUGACAAACACCAACAUCAAGAACUGACCACAACACUCUUUAACAGACCAGAAAAAAACUGCAAUUUUAUUAAUAGAUGAAAGAAGCUCCAUAGUUCAUGAAAACAUUGUUUUCGGUGCAUGUCAUUAAACAAUCACAUUCUAUGAGGAGAAAGAGAUACAUUGAGAAAAUAAAUCAUUACAAGCCACUGACUCUUCUUUAAAUCUCAGUACAGACAUUUUUCCUUAAUAUUUCAAAACCAAAAAAGGCAAAAAGCAGCCCUAACCCCAAAUCCCCGUCCCACCCAUCAUCCCAACAAAAACAAAAUAACUGAAUGAAACGACAGAACAUACAGAUGGGGUGACGGGCACAGUGCUAAAGAGUAAGACGCUCAUUGGUUUAGGAAUACACAGUAUAGUAAUGUAGCGCAAGGUCAAUCUGAAUACACAGCAUAGCCAUGUAGCGCGAGGUCAAUCUGAAUACACAGUAUAGCCAUGUAGCGCGAUGUCAAUCUGAAUACACAGCAUAGCCAUGUAGCGUGAUGUCAAUCUGAAUACACAGUAUAGCCAUGUAGCGCGAUGUCAAUCUGAAUACACAGUAUAGCCAUGUAGCGCGAUGUCAAUCUGAAUACACAGCAUAGCCAUGUAGCGCGAGGUCAAUCUGAAUACACAGCAUAGCCAUGUAGCGCGAUGUCAAUCUGAAUACACAGUAUAGUAAUGUAGCGCGAUGUCAAUCUGAAUACACAGCAUAGCCAUGUAGCGCGAUGUCAAUCUGAAUACACAGCAUAGCCAUGUAGCGCGAUGUCAAUCUGAAUACACAGCAUAGCCAUGUAGCGCGAUGUCAAUCUGAAUACACAGCAUAGCCAUGUAGCGCGAUGUCAAUCUGAAUACACAGCAUAGCCAUGUAGCGCGAGGUCAAUCUGAAUACACAGCAUAGCCAUGUAGCGCGAUGUCAAUCUGAAUACACAGUAUAGUAAUGUAGCGCGAGGUCAAUCUGAAUACACAGCAUAGCCAUGUAGCGCGAUGUCAAUCUGAAUACACAGUAUAGCCAUGUAGCGCGAUGUCAAUCUGAAUACACAGUAUAGCCAUGUAGCGCGAUGUCAAUCUGAAUACACAGCAUAGCCAUGUAGCGCGAGGUCAAUCUGAAUACACAGCAUAGCCAUGUAGCGCGAUGUCAAUCUGAAUACACAGCAUAGCCAUGUAGCGCGAUGUCAAUCUGAAUACACAGCAUAGCCAUGUAGCGCGAUGUCAAUCUGAAUACACAGUAUAGCCAUGUAGCGCGAUGUCAAUCUGAAUACACAGCAUAGCCAUGUAGCGCGAUGUCAAUCUGAAUACACAGCAUAGCCAUGUAGCGCGAUGUCAAUCUGAAUACACAGCAUAGCCAUGUAGCGCGAUGUCAAUCUGAAUACACAGUAUAGCCAUGUAGCGCGAUGUCAAUCUGAAUACACAGCAUAGCCAUGUAGCGCGAUGUCAAUAUGAAUACACAGUAUAGCCAUGUAGCGCAAUGUCAAUCUGAAUACACAGUAUAGCCAUGUAGCGCAAUGUCAAUCUGAAUACACAGCAUAGCCAUGUAGCGCGAUGUUAAUCUGAAUACACAGCAUAGCCAUGUAGCGCGAUGUCAAUCUGAAUACACAGUAUAGCCAUGUAGCGCGAUGUCAAUCUGAAUACACAGUAUAGCCAUGUAGCGCGAUGUCAAUCUGAAUACACAGUAUAGCCAUGUAGCGCGAUGUCAAUCUGAAUUAAAGAAGCCGGAUGUUGGGGUCUUGGGGUGGGGGGGUAGGCCUACCAACCAAAUAAAAACAGUGGAUCCCAAAACCCCUGCAUAAAAUGUGCCUUGUACCCAUCAAAGCCCCCCGCCCCAAACUUGUGCAUAGAUCAUGAUCCUUUACAACCAGCUAGUUUUAAAAACAUCAGUUAUUUUCCCUGUUCUUUAAUAUCCGACAUAAGAGAGAAUGACAGAGGAAAGAGAGUAAUGCACAAUGGUCCUUAUUCAGUCAGGACAGGACUUCUAAGAAAAUACAAUAAAGUUUCAAAACAUACAGAAUUUGCAUGUUCUUUCACGGUCAUUUUUUUAUAACAAUCAAAAUCAAAUGAUAAUUUUGUUUUUAAAUGUAAAGCAAUUUUAAUAAAAAUGUAUAUAAAGCACUCCAUUUUUUGUAAGUUCAUUUAAAGCCCAUUAUUUGGUUAAUAUGUACAGUGCCUUCAUAAAGUAUUCACAGCCUUCACUUUUUCCACAUUUUGUUGUUACUUAGUGGGAUUUUUUGGGCAAUGAUAUACACAAUUCUCUCAUUUCAAAGUGUAA